AUGGCAUUUUCUGACUUUGCCUUUCACUUAACAUUUAUUCCAGUUGAGUUGGCAAAAGCAGCGUAUGGUCAAUGGCCGAUCGCUGAACCGGCCGGAUCAAUCGUCUGCAAGAUCCAGAGUUUUGUUAUUUCUACCUCUGUCUAUGUUUCUGUACAAAGCCUAACUUGGAUUGCAUUAGACCGGUUUAUAGCGGUAGUCUUUCCAAUGAAAGUCCAUCUGAUUUCCUCCAGAUUUCGCGUUUUGGCCAUUGCUUCCUCAUGGAUCGUUGCCCUUUUGUGCGAUUGUGCAUUUUCUAUUGAUUCUAAAGUCGUUCACAAAAAUGGUGCACUUGAGUGCACAGAGAAAACAGCUACAAUUUCUCUAUAUGCUUUAGCCGCCAGAUCCUUUGCUUCGUUGAUUUCCGUAACAAUUUUGUACUGCACUAUAGCGGUAACUCUACGAAGGAAAAAUAAAGCGCUUCCCACUGCACCUGUAAAUGGAAACGUUCAGAGAAAGCGGCAAGCCAUGAAGAUGUCCAUUUGCGUCGUGGCAGCCUUUUAUUUAUGUUUUAUCCCUGUCAUUAUUAUCGUCUUGCUAUCAGAAAAGGCACGGGAAAGAUCAUGUUUGUUACUCAGAGUACUAUGGCCACUACCUGGCCUGAUGAUCAACCUUUCAAGUACGACAAAUCCAAUAAUCUGUUUCAUCUUUGACGAAAACUACCGCCGUGGCCUGAGAGAAUUUUUUGGUUCGUUUCUGAUGAAAUGCUCGAAGAGAAGGCAAACCAUUGACAAUGGUACAAAAGGAAUAGCUCUUUAGAGUAUAAAGGUCCUACAAAACUCUAAUAGUAAUUAAUUUAACAUUUAUUUUAUUUUCUAAAUAAAAACCUUUUCCGAAGCUGCUCAGUAUUGAUUAGCUUGUUGCCAAUAAAGACUCCAAGAAAGUAAUGUGCAGAGAUCGUGAAACCUGUCACUAAUGACUUAAGUGUCGUUUCGCUUUUGUAUUAGAUGAGUUUCCUAACUGCUUUUGCCAGAUCAGGAGCCGAAAGAACGAAGCAUAUACAUGCGUAUCGCACUUUUUCUUAUCAUGCUUAAGAGAACGAGCUAUGUACAUGCCCAGCGCUCCUUCCGCCUCUUAAGUGGAGCGACAUAAGACUUUGUCGAAACGACCGGUCAGCAAAACUGACAUGAAAAAAGCCAAAUCACGGGCGCCCUAGUUUCCCUUGACCUUGCCUUAGCGACGUCACUACGAUCUGAGAGCCUAGCUUAGGCUGCUUGAUACGUCUAUUGAUAAAGUAUUAAUAAAGUAUUUUUCCUAUAAAUGUACUGUAUUGUACUUGAUGGCAGUUAUCUGACUAAACCUUUUUAAGAUUAUUUAGAUGCUAUGGCCCGGAAUUUAAGAGUUAGGAAUGCUUCGUCAAUUCGGCACCAUAGAUCUCAACUAUUGUUUCUUUCCUUCUCAGGAGUGCGAAAACUCAACAUCCGAGUAAAAUAUCAAAGAUGCUGAAAAACAAAUUGUACCUAGACAUAAAAUUAACGGCAAACAGGUUUCAUUGGAUAGCUAACUAUAGCAUUUCGUCCACAGGCUCAAAGUUAGAGGCACCUUACAAAGAUUCCAUCAAUCACUCUGAGACUAAAAGGGUUAAAAACAACAGGCGAUUGUAAAGGAACAAAUAAGAUGCGUCUUAUCGUUGCCACUCUUAAAUCCGGCCUCUAGUGUUUAAUUAAAGUCAGAUGCUCACACUUGUAUACAACGAUCUUUUUCCCGUAAAACGUUACGCCCUGCCUGCCCAGCGACCCUAUUGAAAUGAAAUCAUUGUUAAUAAGUAAAAGUGCACUCGUUUGCAAAAAUGACGAUGACAGAAUAGAUAGAAUUUAGUUUAGUUUCUGUUAUAGGCUAGCUAGACUUUCUCGCCUUUGUUUUGCGUACUGGUUUUAAUGCUUUCCGUGCCAUUAAUUUUUCAAUUUACAGUUUGUUUGUUUUUUUUUUCCACGGGGUGAAGUAUACGAUCCAGUGUGACAGUACAGCAUACAACAGGCUACACAUGAUGAACUUAAUUUUUAAUCACAAGCAGGAGUAUUUGUCAGGUCUUUGAAUUUAUAAAUGUUUGAAACACGAACCGCAUUUCAGACAGGCUCGAUUUCCGUCGUCAACCGGGUCCGGUCUUUCAUCCUAAUGGAGCCUGCAUUUCAGACUGCAAUUUUAUUGAACACUAUAAAAAUGAAAUAUUAAAAUUAAACAUGAAAUUCUUUUUAUUAUUAUUUAAAGAGUUCUUUUCAAAUAUGUUUACACCUUAUUGCUGGUAAACAUCAAGUUUUUAUAAGGCACAAAAUGUGAGUCGAUUGGAAAGCACAGAACAUUAGAUGUAAAAAUUAAUAUUAAACUGCUUUGUCUAAUUCUAAAUUAUGAAUAUUUUAAUGUUGAAAGGCAAACAAAAUGAAAUACUAAAGUUUUAUAUUUAAUUCCAUUGCCUGGUCUAUUUCUAAAUUACAUAUAUUUUUAACAGGGUGUCUAACGCAAAUAUAGUUUUUAUUAUUCACGGUUCCCAUAUUUAAUAGUUCGAUCUUGAAAAGAUCUCUAUUGAAACUUCUGCUAAAACAGGUGGAAUAGUUAUUUGUUUUUCAGAUCCCUUUGACUCUGAGCCUAGUAAGACAACACAAUUCGAGAUUAAUAAAAAUCGAUUAACGUUCGAAAUCAAAAACGAAAAGUUAAAAAAAUCCAUUACCGUCCGACAAGUAAUUCAAGUAUUUAGUCGGUUGUUCAGAUUCAUUUGAAAUCAUCAGUCUCGAUGUUUUAAUUCCUUCCGCUGUCAAUUUAGUUUGCGGUAGCCGUUCUUGGGUCAGUUCACUCUCCUUUCUGCUUAAGACGUGCGUUCAAUAGGUGUUUCUUUUUUUCUUAUAUUAUGUCGACCAGCAACUUGAGCAGCUUCUCAUCAAGCGAAAAGGAUCUGGAUUGUGGACCAUUAUAUGAACCAUAUGUGUUCCAAAUAAGUUUGAUAGUUGUGUACUGUAUGGUCUUGUUGGUUGGCUUGACUGGAAACGCCCUUAUAAUCACCUUGGUGUACAAGCGGAAAGACUUAAGAAAGACUAUAAAUCAGCUUAUCGCCAACAUGGCAUUAUCUGACUUUGUCUUUCAGUUAACAUUCAUUCCAGUUGAGUUGGCAAAAGCAGCCUAUGGUCAGUGGCCGAUAACUGAACCAGCCGGAUCAAUUGUUUGCAAGAUCCAGAGUUUUGUUAUGUAUGCCUCUGUCUAUGUUUCUGUACAAAGCCUAACUUGGAUCGCAUUAGACCGGUUUAUAGCGGUAGUCUUUCCAAUGAAAGUCCAUCUGAUUUCCUCCAGAUUUCGCGUUUUGGCCAUUGCUUCCACGUGGGUCGUUGCCCUUUUGUGCGGCUCUGUUUCUUCUAUUGAUUUUAAACUCGUUCACAAAAAUGGUGCACUUGACUGCACAGAGAAAACAACUACCGUUUCUCAAUAUGCUGCAGCCGCCUGUUCGUUAGCUUCGUUGAUAUCGGUAACAAUUUUAUACUGUACUAUAGCGGUAACUCUACGAAGGAAAAAUAAAGCGCUUCCCACUGCACCUGUGAAUGGAAACGUUCAGAGAAAACGGCAAGCCGUGAAAAUGUCCAUUUGCGUCGUGGUAGCCUUUUAUUUAUGUUUUAUCCCUGUCAUUAUUAUUGUCUUCUUGUCAGAAAGAGUACUGGAAAGAUCAUGUCUGUUACUCCGAGUACUAAGGCCAUUACCUCUCCUGAUGACUAACCUUUCAAGCACGGCGAAUCCAAUAAUCUGUUUCGUCUUUGUCGAAAACUACCGGCGUGGCCUGAGAGAAUUUUGCGGUUCGUUUCUUAUUAAAUGCUCGAAGAGAAGACAUCACAUUGACAAUGGUCCAAAAGGAAUAACUCUUCAAAGUAUAAGGGUCAUACAAAACUCUAAUAGUAAUUAAUUCAACAUUUAAUUUUUUUUUCUAAAGAAAAGACUUUUUGCUUAAUCAGCUCCUGGUUGGUUAGCCAGUUGCAGGCUCCAAGAAAAGUAAUUUGCAGAGAUUGUGAUAACUGUACGGUCGUUUACGUUGCCAACGCCAUGUUCGCUAACGACCUAAAUGUCGUUUCGCGUGUGUGUUGGGUCAGUUCUCAAACUGCCUUCGUCUGAUCCAUGGCUGAAUGAACGAGGUAAAUACAUGCGUGUCGCACUUCUUCUUAUCGUGGCUGAGAGAACGAGGUAUAUACAUGUGCGGCGCUCGUUUCGGUUCUUAAGCAGAGCGACGUAAGACGUUAGCGAACGUUCUCCCCAAUUAGUAAGGCACUGUGCCUGAGCUAUAAGACAUGAGACUUUAAUAAAGUUCAUUAUUAUUAUUACGGUAGCGAAACGAUUCGUAGACGAAACGACCGAUGAAAAAAUGAUGUAAAAACGUUAGAUCACGGGCGUCCUACUUUCCCUUGACUUUGUGUCGCUACGAUCUAAGAGCCUGGUUUGGGCUACUUGAUAGGUCUAUUAGUAAAGCGUUGUUCAUAUUAAUGUACUGUAUAGUACUCGAUGGCAGUUAUUACAUUUUCUCGGACUUAGCCUUGUUGGCCCCGAAUUUACGAAACAUUCCUAUUUUUUAAGUUAUUCGGCACCAUAGAUCUCAACUAUUGUUUGUUUCACUCCCAGGAGUGUGAGACGUUAAAAUCCGCCCAAAAUACCAAAGAGGCUUAAAAACAAAGUGUACCAUGACAUAAAAUUGACGACGAAGAGGUUUCGUUGGAAAGCUAGCAAUUGGAUUGCGUCCACAGACUCAGAAUCUAGAGCCACCUUACAAAGACUCAUAUCACCAUUCACUCUGAGGUUAAAAGGGUUGAAAACAACAGGCGAUUGUAAAGGAACAACUGAUAUGAUGCGCCUUAUCGUAAGAACUCAUAAAUCUUGCCGCUGGUGUUUAAUUGAAGAGACAAUUGUAAACAGAGGCACCCAACGGCCGCAUGUUUCCAAAUACGCCAGAAGGGUCUUAGAAGCCUGUUCGGUUAAUUUGGAGCUGCCCUGAAAGCUAUUUAUCUGAUCGGAUGUCCUAGGGGAACUUUGGUCGUCACGAAAGUGUUAUGUGGCUUUUUCGUCUCAUCCGAAAGUGUUAGCUACCCUUGUGGAUCCGGUCGAAAGUCUGAGCACAUGAAAUAGCCUUGCUUUCAGUAGAAACUUAUAGGGGACAUUUUGUCGUUAUACCGAACGUUUAAGGAGACCAUUUUUAACAAUAAUCGCAAUAUCUUGGUAUUAAAAUGCGAAAAAUACCACCUCCGAAAAUCGGAGUUAAGCUAUUAGAAAACCUCUCAAUAUUUUAGACGAAUUGAACGGUUAUCCAGAAAUUUGUACCUCUUCUCAAGCUUUAGAAAUUUCUAGACAAUAUUGCUCCUUCCAACAGUUAUUUUACAGAAAAAAGUCCCUGGGUGCCCCUGUGUAAACAGCGAUCUUUUUCUCAUAAAACGUUGGCCUGCCAGCGACCCUAUUCAAGUGAAAUCAUUUUUAAUAAGUGAAAGUACAUUCGUUUGCAAUAAUGGCGAUGACAAAUUAGUCAGUAAUAGUCUUUCUUGCCUUUGUCAUGCAAACUGGGCUGAAUCAUAGACGUUUUCUUCGUUGUAGUGAUUUCCGUAUGCCGUUAAUUUUUUAGUUCACAGUUUGUUUUUUCCACGGGGUGAACUAUAUGAUCCAGUAUGACAGUACAGCAUACAGCAGGCUACACACGAGCUACUUUAGUCAUCAAUCACGAGCAGGAGUGUUUGUCAGGUUUUUGAAUUGAUGAAUGUUUGAAACACGAACCGCAUUUCAGACUGCAAGUUUAUUGAACAGCAUAAAAACUAAUAUUAAAACUGAACAUGAAAUUCCUUUUUUAUUUAUUUUAUAAGUUCUUUUCAAAUAUGUGUACCUUAAGUUACCUUAAGUUGUGUACCGUAUUUGGUACCGUUGUGUACCUUACAAGUUUUCAUAACGCACAAGCUUUGAGUUAUUGAAAGGCAUAGAAAAUUAAAUAUAAAAAUUUAAUAUUAAACACCUUUGUCUAAUUCUAAAUUAAUGUCGAAAGACGUAGAAAAUGAAAUACUAAAGUUUAAUAAAUAAAUAAUAAACAAACUCUCCGUUAUGUACUAUAACAAAAAUUAUUAAAAACUGUACUUUCAUGAUAAUAAAAAAUUCUCCUGGCUACCUCUGUCCCUACUUCUGUUCUUACUGUUGGCAGAUGCAAGUGAUAGCUUUGUUUUAUUUCUUCCGUGUUUUCCCUAUGAUGUUUAAUCUAAUUCAGAUCUUGACUUAAUAAAGAGGCAUUGUCCUUCCAGAUCCUUUUUUAAGUCAAUCUUGUGUACUUUGCUCACCUUAGUGAUAGUGUAAGUAUGUAGUUCCGCGUUUAAUUAUCUAUUACACAAUAGUCUCCGAAAAUGACAGGCUUUUAUCGCAUAAACGCAUGCUCAUAAACUAUUGGCGGGGAGGAGCCAGCUGCAUUGCAACGCACUCAAUUGUUAGGCGACGAGACAGUGCCGAUGAUUAUCAAAUAGAAGUAAUAACAAAUGGUGUAAUAUGUAAAUGUAAACUUCAUCAAGUUUAGAGAAACGCUGCGGUUAGUGGCUGCAAUACUCUGCGAAAGUCAGUCUACAUCAUUUGGCUAUUCCGUACUUCGGCUCCAGUUCCCUUCUCGCUUCAAUCCAAGUUCAACUAGGUCAAGUAUUCAUUCGAUUGAUUGGAUUCACUUGAAAUCAGUCUCGAUGUUUCAAAUGCCCCCGCUGUCGAUUUAGUUUGCUGCAACUUCUUGGGUCAGUUCACUCUCCUUUCUCCUAGAGACGUGCAUUAAAUCGGUGGUUCUUAUUUUCUUAUAUUAUGUCGACCAGCAACUUGAGCAACGUCUCAUCAAGCGAAAAGGAUUUGGAUUGUGGAGCAUUAUAUGAGCCAUAUGUGUUCAAAAUAAGUUUGAUAGUUGUGUACUGUAUGGUCUUGUUGGUUGGCUUGACUGGAAACGCCCUUAUAAUCACCUUGGUGUACAAGCGGAAAGACUUAAGAAAGACUAUAAAUCAACUUAUCGCCAACAUGGCAUUUUCUGACUUUGUCUUUCAGUUAACAUCCAUUCCAGUUGAGAUGGCAAAAGCAGCGUAUGGUCAAUGGCCGAUCGCAGAACCGGCCGGAUCAAUCGUCUGCAAGAUUCAGAGUUUUGUUAUUUCUACCUCUGUCUAUGUUUCUGUACAAAGCCUCACUUGGAUUGCAUUAGACCGGUUUAUAGCGGUAGUCUUUCCAAUGAAAGUCCAUCUAAUUUCCUCCAGAUUUCGCGUUUUGGCCAUUGCUUCCUCAUGGAUCGUUGCCGUUUUGUGCGGCUCCGUAUUUUCUAUUGAUUCUAAAGUCAUGCAAAAAAAUGGUGCACUUGACUGUACAGAGAAAACAACUACAAUUUCUCAAUAUGCUGUAGCCGCCAGCGCCUUUGCUUCGUUGAUUUCCAUAACAAUUUUAUACUCUACUAUAGGGGUAACUCUACGAAGGAAAAAUAAAGCGCUUCCCACUGCACCUGUGAAUGGAAACGUUCAGAGAAAGCGGCAAGCUAUGAAAAUGUCUAUUAGCGUCGUGGCAGCCUUUUAUUUUGCUUUAUCCCUGUCAUUAUUAUUGUCUUCCUGUCAGGAAAGGCACUGGAAAGAUCAUGUUUGUUACUCAGAGUACUAUGGCCACUACCUGGCCUGAUGAUCAACCUUUCAAGCACGGCAAAUCCAAUCAUCUGUUUCAUCUUUGUCGAAAACUACCGGUGUGGCCUGAGAGAAUUUUUUGGUUCGUUUCUUAUUAAAUGCUCGAAGAGAACACAUCACAUUGACUCUGGUGCAAAAGGAAUAACUCUUCAGAGUGUAAGGGUCCUACAAGACUCUAAUAGUAAUUAAUUCAACUUUUAAUUUUUUUUUUCUAAAGAAAAGACUUUUUGCUUAACUCCUGGUUGGUUAGCCCGUUGCAGGCUCCAAGAAAAGUAAUGUGGAGAGAUUGUGAUAACCUUACAGUCGUUUACGUUGCCAACGCCCUGUUCGCUAACGACUUAAAAGUCGUUUCGCGUAUGUGUUGGGUCAGUUCUCAAACUGCUUUCGUCUGAUCCAUGGCUGAAUGGACGAGGUAAAUACAUGCGUAUCGCACUUCUUCUUAUCGUGGCUGAGAGAACGAGGUAUAUACAUGUGCGGCGCAAGCAGAGCGACGUAAGACGUUAGCGAACAGUCUCCCCAAUUAGUAAGGCACUGUGCCCGAGCUAUAAGACGUGAGACUUUAAUAAAGUUCAUUAUUAGUAUUAUUACUAUUAUUAUUAUUAUUAUUAUUAUUAUUAUUAUUAUUAGAUUAAAUGCUCGAAGAGAAGACAAAACAUUGACUAUGGUCCAAAAGGAAUAACUCGUCAGAGUAUAAUGGUCAUACAAAACUCUAAUAGUAAUUAAUUUAACAUUUUAUGUUUUUUUUCUAGGCUUUUUCCUCUAGUAGCUCCUGGUUGGUUAGCCCGUUGGAGGCUCCAAGAAAGUAGUGUGCAGAGGUUGUGAUAACUGUACGGUCGUUUACGUCGCGAGCGCCCUGUUCGCUAACGAGCGACAUAAGACGUUAGCGAACGGGACGGUAGCAAAACGAUUCGUAGGCGAAACGACCGAUGAAAAAAUGAUAUGAAAACGUUAGAUCACGGGCGUCGUACUUUCUUCGCGACGUCCCUAUGAUCUAAGAGCCCGGUUUGGGCUACUUGAUACGUCUAUUAAUAAAGUGAUGUUCAUAUUAAUGCACUGUAUAUAGUACUCGAUGGCAGUUAUUACAUUUUUUCUGACUUAGCCUUGUUGGCCCCGAAUUUACGAAGCAUUCCUAACUUUUAAUAACUUUUAAAGUUAAACAUGAAAUUCUCUUUUUUAUUUAUUUUAUACGUUCUUUUCAAAUAUGUUGUUUACCUUAUUAGGUACCUUUGUGGGAUCAUUAUCAGCAGCUGGCCAAAGUUGUGUACCUUAUAAAAUCAGUCAUAAGGCACAAGCUGUGAGUUAUUGAAAGGCAUAGAAAAUUGAAUAUAAGAAUUUAACAUUAAACACCUUUGUCUAAUUCUAAAUUAAUGUUCAAAGACGUAGAAAAUGAAAUACCAAAGUUUAAUAAAUAAAUAAUGUACAAACUCUCCGUUAUGUACUAUAACAAAAAUUAUUAAAAACUGUACUUUCAUGAUAAUAAAAAACUCUCCUGGCUACCUUCUGUCCUUUCUUCUGUUCUUAUUGUUGGUGCAUGCAAAGGAUGGCUUUAUUUUAAUUCGUCCGUGUUUUCCCUAUGAUCUUUAAUCAAAUUCAGAUCUUGACUUAGUAAUGAGGCAUUGUCCUUCCAGAUCCCUUGUAAGUCAAUCUUGUGUCCACUUUAAAAAACUCUACUUUGUUCACCUGUAGUGAUAGUGUUAGCAUGUUGUCCCGCGUUUAAUUAUCUAUUACACAAUAGUCUCGGAAAAUGACAGGCUUUUAUCGCGGCGUGGAGUCAGGGCUACGUAUUUUUGUGUAAACUAACCAAAAACGUACUUUUUUACUGCAAAAUUAGCAGGCAAGGGCAUGCUUUCUGCAACGAAUUCAUCGGGACCUUCCUAAAUCUCGUCACAAGAGACCGAAUGUAACGUUUUUGAGCUAUCUUUUCCAGUAGAAGUCGUCAAAAUUCUGAUCGUCUCCAUUUUAUCAUUGUCCGGCUUGAUUGGAAACACCUUCAUUAUCCUCAUGGUUUAUAAGCGCAAAGAAUUGCGGAAGACUACAAAUUUUUUCAUUGUCAAUAUGGCGGUUUCCGACCUAUUCUAUCCACUAACGGGUAUAACAGCGACUUUAUCAUCCACUUCGUUAGUCCGAUCGUCACGAUUGGUUAUAGCAAGCACUACAGAGCUGAUCUCUUGCCACCUCGAUUCUUUUUUUCAGGGUGUUUCGUUAACCGUUUCUAUAGAGAGCCUUGUCUGCAUUUCUAUAGAUCGGUUUGUGGCGGUUGUGUUUCCGUUGAAAGCCCAUCUCAUUACAGAAAGAGUUCGCACCGCUGCCAUAACUUUCACCUGGUUCAUCGCGGUGUUUCUAAACUCUGUUGAAUUUUAUAUGCCUGUUUGCGCCUAUAAAAAUACUUCCACUUUUUAUGUAAACUUUGCAAGAGGACGAACUACUUUUCUUUUCACCGUACCUCUGAUUAUCCUAGCGAUUUCUUAUUGUGGUAUAGCAAUAACUUUGCGAAAACAUGACAGAGCUCUUCAGUGCGGACAUCAAAGCAAUCAAAGAAAACGCCAAGCUAUAAAAAUGAGCUUUUGA